UUCCAGCUCCGCUUUCUCUUGGAUCUGUGUUUCCCUCAGUCAGCCUUCUCCAAAAAGCCUUAAUUUUUUUCCAAAGAGCAUUUUUGUUGGUAUCUCUGGAAUACUCCUGGGGCUUUUCCUGCAUUUUCAAGGAUGUUUCUUUCCCAAGUCCUCUGCAGACUGAAAGCUAAGGCAUUAAUUCCAUAUAUUUUUUUUGUUUAACAGGCUUUUUUAAUGUCUGGCAUCAAAAACUCUUCUAUUUUUGUAUCAUUUAACCCACAGCGAUUUCAGCAGUGGAGAAAUAAUAAUAAAAGAGGAAAAAUAACUUAAAAACGGAAAAAAAAAAAGAUGUCGAGGCAAGCUUUCCUGUGCAGUUUGGGGUCUCUUUAUUUCUCCCUGCUCUUCAUCUUCCUCUCGAUGGAUGUUUAUGCCAGGCCUGCGAAUAAUUCCGUGCUGAAGGAAAAAGCAGCUGAGGGCAAAGAGGAGAACGAGAUCCUGCCCCCGGAUCACCUGAACGGCGUCAAGAUGGAGAUGGACGGACACCUGAACAAGGAAUUCCAUCAGGAGGUUUUCCUGGGAAAAGAUAUGGAGGAAUUCGAGGAGGAUUCAGAGCCCAGGAGGAACAGGAAGAAGCUAAUGGUGAUUUUUUCCAAGGUGGAUAUAAAUAAUGAUAAAAAAAUCAGUGCCAAGGAAAUGCAGCGUUGGAUCAUGGAAAAAACAGAUGAGCAUUUCCAGGAGGCCGUGGAGGAGAACAAAAUGCAUUUCCGAGCUGUGGACCCUGAUGGAGAUGGUCAUGUGUCCUGGGAUGAAUAUAAAAUUAAAUUCUUGGCAAGCAAAGGCUUCAAUGAAAAGGAAAUUGCAGAGAAAAUCAAAAACAACGAGGAAUUGAAAAUAGAUGAAGAAACGCAGGAGGUGCUGGACAACCUGAAGGAUCGCUGGUACCAGGCGGACAAUCCCCCUCCGGACCUGCUGCUGAGCGAGCAGGAGUUCCUGUCCUUCCUGCACCCCGAGCACAGCCGCGGAAUGCUGCACUUCAUGGUGCAGGAGAUCAUCCGCGACCUGGAUCAGGACGGGGAUAAGAAGCUGACGCUGUCGGAGUUCAUCUCCUUGCCCGUGGGCACCGUGGAGAACCAGCAGGCACAGGACAUCGAUGACGACUGGGUGAGGGACAGGAGGAAGGAAUUCCAGGAGGUCAUUGACGCCAACCACGAUGGGAUCGUCACCAUGGAGGAGCUGGAGGAAUACAUGGAUCCCAUGAACGAGCACAACGCGCUGAAUGAGGCGCGGCAGAUGAUCGCCGUGGCCGACGAGAACCAGAACCACCACCUGGAGCUGGAGGAGAUCCUCAAGUACAGCGAGUAUUUCACCGGCAGCAAACUCAUGGAUUACGCCCGGAACGUCCACGAGGAAUUCUGAGCUUCCUCUCCCCUUUUCUGGAACUUUCCGUUUCCCAAAAAAACAACAAAAAAAAUCCCAGGGAAAAAGGACUCGGCCGAGCCGCAAGAAUUCUUUGUCGCAGUCGCCGCUCCUUGCUCAGAGUUGUCUCAAAUUCCCGGUUUUCCGUCCAUCCCUGGGAUCUGCAGCUCCAUGCCGGGAGAAAUCGUGGAAAUUCCUGGAUUCUGGCAGUUUUCCUCCCUGGUUUGUGGGGUUGGAUCCAGCUGGAAUUCUGGCUGGUCCGGUUGGGGAGAAUCCUGAAAUAUUCCCUUGUUGCCUUCAGCUGCUGAUCCAGGGAAUCCCAAAUAAAGGUUGGAUUUUGGGAAGGGAACGGCGAUUCCAAGGAAUGUUUGUCCUCCACACCCAAUUCCAUUUGGAAGGCUCCUUGAACAAUCCCUUGUUUGCUUUUUCCAGCUGCUGAGCCAGGGAAUCCCAAAUCAAAGUUGGAUUUGGGGAAUUUUGGUAGUUCCAAGGAAUGUUUGACCUCCUGGGAAUAUCCACACUCAAUUCCGGUGUUUUUCUCGCCUUCCUGAAGAGUUAUUGGGAAUUUAAUGGAAUUUUUCACCUCUUUUCAGGGGACUGGGGAAGAAUUUAUUUAAAAUGUUGAAGAAAAUAUUUGGAAUUAAAUGAAUUGAAAUGAAAUGAAAAUAAAUUAAAAUAACAUUAAUUAAAAUUAAAUUAAUAUAAAAUCCCAUUUUUUUGUUGACAUCUGCAUUGGGAAUGGGAGAUUACGGCUUUUAAAAAUGAGAUUUUGGUUGAAAACCAAACAAUUGGGAAGGUUUUUUUGGAAUUUAAGCUGGUGGACAGAGCAGUGGGAAUUCCCAUGGAGUUUGAUGGCUGCUUAAUUAAAAUUCACUGCUAAAAUGAAUGAGCUCUGUGCUAAUUAAUGCUGUUAAUGAGCUGCUAAUGAUGAUUUGGGGGGAACUCCAGGCUUUGGGUGAGCUCUGAAAGCAUCUCUGGCCCAAAUAAAAUGGACUUUUCCUCUGCUUCCAUCUUUCCUGGGGAAAAAAAACCUCUUAGGGAAAGAAUUCCUGAAAAUCUGAGAUGUUCUAUUUGAUUAAAUUUAUUCUUAAUAUAAUGUAAAUACAGGAAUUGCUGUCCCUCUUUCCCUUUAUCUGCUCUUUAUUUGAUAUUUUUAUUAAAUUCCUUGGAUAAAAGGUUUUAUAUCCAUA